AUGGCUCCUCCUAUGGCCAAUGUUGUGUUGACAGUCAAGGAGUUGCUUAAGCAUGACUUGUACCAUGCUGAUGAUUCAGAAGAAGACUUCGAUUCUGAGUCGGACUCUGAUGACUCCCACUAUUCUUCCAAUUCUGAUUCUGAUUCGGACUCCAAUGGAUCCUCUGACUCAGAAGAAGAAUCAACCCCAUCACAUCGCAAAAGUUCAAAGUCCUCAAAGAAGAAACCUCACAAGGAAUCCAGGUGUAGAUCUUCAGAGGCGCAAGAUGAAGUCAAGACAACUACAGUCACUAAGUCAGAAUCCAAAGCUGAGACUAAGGACUCUGUUCUUCUGGCCACUGUAGAGGAUUUGACAGACAGGCUUAAGGGACAUAGUUUUAGAGACUGCCCUGAGACCAAGGCUUUUAUCACAGCCGGUGUACUUAGGUUUGACACAGUGACUAAAAGACUUGUCAUGGCAGAUGGUACCAAUCUACCACACUCUACUUCCGGCAACGCCAUAGCCCAACUGAUCCAUAAACAAGCCAGUAUGUGGCCUACAGCAGCCAACCUUGAGUGGAUGCAUGAGUACGAACUUGCCAAUCAAGAGUUUGCAACUCUUGAUGAAGGAGAGUUUGAGGUCUAUCCAGCUUAUGCUUAUCCUGCUGAACACAGAGAAAGUGAGAAGCCAAGAGCAUCCAAAGCUAAGCCAUAUGAUUGGCCUCCAUCGCCAAUGAGAUGCACAAUUCCUCCAGAAGAGCUGAACCCACCUAAUCGCAUGUACGUUGAGAUACCUGCACCUCCAAAGAUUUUGAAGUGGCCUCAACAAGUGGUAGAGGAUGUUCCAAUGUCUGAUGGAGAAACUGCCCCCAAGGAUAAGGGCAAGCAAAAAGCCAGGACUUCAACACCCCAAGUUCCUCAUACUGGGGAGAAGUCCGUCAAGGCCAAUGCACCUUGA